CUGCGUCUUAUCUCCACUCUCAACCCUAUCUCUCUCUCUCUUCUCGUCCUCCAUGGCUGCUUCAGCUUCGUCCCUCGCUCUCUCCACCUUCAACCCUAAAUCCCUUCCUUUCUCCAUCUCCAAACCCGCCUCCACUCCCCUCCUCCCUCCUUCCGUCUCCUUCAAACUCAACUCCCAAUCCAUUUCCCUCUCCAUCUUCGCUUCCUCCGCCGCGUCUCACUUCCUCCGCAACGUCGCGAUUACAGAUGACUUCAGCGUAGAAGAAGAAGAAGACAGCAUUUUCUCCGAUGACGCUGCGCCGCCUCCGCAGCAGGAGCAAUCCUUCUCUGCUGACCUCAAACUCUUCGUCGGUAACCUCCCCUUUAACGUCGACAGUGCUCAGCUCGCUCAGCUCUUCGAGAGCGCCGGAAAUGUCGAGAUGGUUGAGGUGAUCUAUGACAAAGAGACAGGACGAAGCAGAGGUUUCGGGUUCGUGACUAUGUCUUCUGUCUCUGAAGUUGAGGCAGCUGCUCAGCAAUUCAAUGGCUAUGAGUUGGAUGGUAGACCCUUGAGAGUGAAUGCUGGUCCUCCUCCACCGAAGAGGGAAGACUCUUUCUCCAGAGGUCCCAGAAGCAGCUUUGGAAGCUCUGGUUCUGGAUAUGGUGGUGGUGCUGCUGCUGGUUCAGGAAACCGUGUUUAUGUCGGCAAUCUCUCAUGGGGAGUCGAUGACAUGGCUCUGGAGAGUUUGUUCGGUGAGCAAGGAAAGGUUGUCGAGGCUAGAGUCAUCUACGACAGGGACAGUGGCCGUUCCAAGGGUUUUGGGUUUGUGACGUACAACUCUGCUCAAGAGGUCCAGAAUGCCAUCAGAACCUUGAAUGGCGCUGAUUUGGACGGCAGACAAAUAAGAGUCUCUGAAGCUGAGGCUAGGCCUCCAAGGCGCCAAUUUUGAGCACCACUUUCCUAUUCUCAUAAACGCAUUUUCUGAAGGGCGUGCUUCGAAGCAAAUAGAGUUUUGUGAGAGGAUGGCAGUUUCGGACCGUACUAAGCUUUUAGAAACAUAUGAUUAAGAUUUAUAAGUAAAGAGCAUGUUCUCGUCUGUCUGAAAGCUGCCAUUGACUACUUUGCUUUGGUUUGAUUUGGGCUUCUCUCUAUUUUGUGGUCUCUUCAUAAUGAAUGCUUCUCUAUUUAACAUCCUAGUCUCUAUGUUUUUUUUUUA